UCUUGACUGAAGUAGCAAGCUAGUACCGAACAUCUGAUUCGAACUAUCCUUCUCAAGUUCUUCAACUCAUAAGACAAUAGGAAAGCACAAUGGAAGGACCAUUUGAUCGAAGGAUUGUCCUGUUGGGUAAGACAGGAGCUGGGAAGAGCAGUACAGCCAACACCAUUCUGGGUGCGAGUCUGUUCAAGACCUCUUGCUCUGCCAACUCUGAAACAUCUAUCUGUCAGGCUGAAACAAUGACUGUUCAUGGGAGGAAAAUCACUGUUGUUGACACACCAGGGUUUUAUUGUACCAGCAGCUCAGAUGAAGAUCUGAAAGCUGAAGUAAAGAAGUGCAUGGCAGAGUGUUUCCCUGGACCUCACGCCUUUCUUAUAGUCCUGCCUGUGGGGAGGUAUACACCAGAGGAGAACAACGUUGUGAAAGAGAUUCAGAAAAUGUUUGGGAAGAAGGUCCUGAAGUACGCUGUUGUCCUGUUUACCCGUGGAGACCAGCUUGAAGACAGCAAGACCAUCCAGCAGUUUGUGGAAAAAAAACAAAACCUGGCAGAUCUCAUCCGAGAUUGUGAUGACAGGGUUCAUGUCAUCGAUAACAAAUACAGGAAUAAAAACAACGGUGUUGAAAUCAAAGAGCUGCUGAACACGAUUGAUCAGAUGGUGAAGCAGAACCCAGGAGAGUACUAUACCAAUUAGUUACUCCAGGCUGUGCCGCCAAAAGGUGUUGAAGAGGAAUUGGCAGCCAGAAAGUAAGAAACAGGCAACAGCGAGCGAAAAAGCGAAAGGGAGCAUAAUUAAAAGGUUUUUAAAAAAUUCAGUAGGCAUAGCAACAGGGGCUCUGGGGUGCAUGGGGUGCGUU